CACGCCAGUCUCUGCACGACCGCGGCACGGACAGUGUCGACCCGUUGAGAUGUGAACGUAUAACCUUCAACUCUGUCUACGACGACAGCUUCAGUUGCGUGUGCACGAUAGUUUCUGUUACUUUCUACACACCUACCGGUUUAUUAACUUUGUUUUGUGUUUCUACAAUUAUUGUCGCGUACGCUACACCGGAUACAUGUAAGUUGCUUUUCGAAUAUCGUGAGCCCGUGACGAGAUCAGAACUCCUUUAGUGUAGAUCUGUUGUGUAUAUCCGACGUUUGACCUUCGUUAUUUGGAUAUGGUCAAUAUAGGUGUCCAGCUGGAGAUCUCUUCUGUAGCGACAUUGAUGGAGUUCCGCUUGGACAGCGCGGAGUACUGCCAGGCUCAACACAAAUAAACUAGAAGGCGUUACGCGCGAGAGGGGGCAAGAGCGUGCCACCGCUGGACCCAUGCUGCCGGGAUCGCACACUGAUACUACGCACCCCGCGCAUUGUUUGACUUACACCCAUCCACAGCUACCUUAAAUUUGGAAACCGCUGUUAAUUGGAGCAUAUCAUUCAACCGAAGUACGAGUGAAACCUACAAACUUAUGUUAAAAGCAUAAUUUCAUUUGAUUUCAUUCCCAAUUCAGUACUUUUGUUUGGUUGUCGUCGAAUGUGCUCAAGUGGUUGAAGCCGUUAUCAAUGCGGGUAGUUCCCACUAUAUAAUUGGACCCUUUCUAAACCAAACUAAGGAAACUGCCGUGUGUUGUGUGGAAAUAGAGUGACAGUUUGCCUGUUAAGACUUUGACGGACCGUGACACCUUUUCUCUGACGCGUGUGAAGUGAGUUUGUAACACCUUGUACUAAAACGUCUUCGAGACGCCGCCAAUAGUCGAUACUUGGAGGGAAGAGUACGAGUUCAUCAUGAAGCAAAAAGAUAUCAGACCAGCGCCCUCGCUCAUCGAGUACAAGAACAUGCGCUUCCUGAUCACCGAUCGCCCUACGGAUAUCAGCGUUCAGGCUUAUCUCCAGGAACUGAAGAAGCAUAACGUGUGCAUUGUGGUGCGCGUAUGCGAGCCCAGCUACAACAUCUCGCCGCUGAAAGCAGAGGGCAUAGAAGUGCGCGACCUAGCCUACGACGACGGCACAUUCCCACCGCUCAAUGUCGUCGAGGAGUGGUUCGAGAUACUGCGCGAUAAAGCACAAAACAAACCCGAGGCGGCGGUCGCUGUGCACUGCGUGGCGGGCUUGGGACGCGCGCCAGUCAUGGUCGCUAUCGCGCUCAUAGAACUCGGCAUGAAGUAUGAAGAGGCGGUCGAGACUAUCAGGGAUCAGCGACGUGGGGCCAUUAAUGCGAAGCAGCUCUCAUACUUGGAAAAGUAUCGACCAAAGUCGCGUCUCAAGAAGAACGGCAAGAACAACUGCUGCGUCCAGUAAGCUCGGGACGCCGACCGCUCGCUGGCCGCGUCUGUAGGAAACCGUCCUGCGCCCGUAACAGCGAAUCUAACUCUGCUUUCACACACACACUUAGACAAGGGAGCAUAGACAAAAAUCAAAUUAGUUCUUAACAUAGAUGUCGCCCGUUUUUGACGGCCAUUUUAUUUUGUUUUCAUUAUAUUUUGAGGGCGAGUUGUAACCGAAUUCUGCCUUAAAGUUGCACAUGGAAGAUUACACACAUUCCUAUUUAGUUACCCUCAACUUGAACUGACCGAGAAUUUGGUUAUGAUCUCAGUUCCUCUAUUACCAUCUUUGACAUGUUUAACUUGAAUUUUCUAUGAAAUUUAAUUGAGAGCCUUAUUGUAAGCUAAUGUUUGUAUGGUCAAAGUAAACGUGUAACCCUUGUGCUGUACUGUGUAUUAGUGGAAUAUGUUAAAUAGAAGCAAACCACGAUUUGUGUUCAUAGUUGAAACAGUAACUCGGGUAUUAAAUUUGUAUGUUUAAUAUCAUAAUAAAUUUCAAUAUCCAUAAUAAUCAAAAUGCAGUCAAUGUGUGCUCUAUGAUAAUUUCCUUUUUCUUGUGUGAACUCGUUAUAAUUUUCUAUUAUAUAAUUUUCUAUUUAGUGACAUUUAUUUUGUAAUAAAUCAAGACAUGAGUUAUAAUGUGAAAUAUGUUCUUUAUUGUAAACUUUAAAAAUAAUAUGCUUUUGUAAAAGAUGUUGUGAGAAAAUAGACACUUUAAUGCUAUUAACGAAUUAAAAUAGUACUAUACAUCAACUUUGACUAAACCGUUCAGGAGAUAGAUUACCCAUAAAUAAUAUUAUAAACUUGACACCGAUAUUCCAUUGAGAAAGUAACUCUUUGAUAUUAUUUUUCUAUUUCUAAUUUUAUGGAAUAUUUAACGAAAAUAAUUAUGAUCGUGUAAUACGGAACAGUCACACUCAUGAAUAAAAAUAUUUAUAAUCAA